AUCCCAUGAUCCUCCAGAACCUCUGUUUCCGUUCAAUCUGACGUGUACGGAUGUUUUGUGACAGUGGUCUGCUCAGUAGCCCAAGGUUUCUCUUAUUUAACAGGAAUUUUCUACCAAGAUGUCAAAGAAGUCCAAGAAGAAGAAGAAGCAGAAGAAGGAGAAGGAGACAUAUAAGUUAUCUUUUUCCUCCAGUGAGCAGUCGUCACAGAAAGAAAGGGGCACCAAGAAACACAGUAGUGCAGAGGGGAAGCACCAUGGCAGCUGUUCUGCAGAGGAGAAACGGGGGAGAGAAAAAAGAGUUAGCCACUCCACCCCAGGGAAUAGUGCAGCAGGAAGCAGUCACAAGAAAGACAGGGAUUUCAAAAAAGCUCUUUACAGACUGGAGAAAACAACCUGGCAGGGUGCAGCGGAGGGAAAAAACGCCUGUCCUCUUGCAACCCUUCCUCGAGACAGCUCUGUGAGGAAGAGUUGCCCCAGCCAGGAUGGCUCGGCUACCACCGGGGUCAAGAUCGCAGACAGGGUUUCUUCCAAACCAGUCAGCAGUCUGAGCGCGAAUAAGACCCAGUCCCAACAUGUGGAGAAGAUCCCUACAUCCCAGGGAUGCUCCAGUAAGCCAACCGACAAGAGCCCCUCCAAAACAGCCUCGAGCAGACUGACGACCAGUCCCAGGUCCCUCAUGGCCCAGCUGAAGGAGCAGAGGAAGACGCUGGUGAAAAGGAGGCCCAGACCUGAAGAGAAGCCUGGCAUUGGGAAGGACCACACCUCCCAUGGUAGGAGCUACCAGGACCCCCAACUGUCCCUGUCACUGGCUGAAGAGAUGAGGGAGAAGAGGAGGAAGCUAGUGAAGAGGAGAUGUGAAGAAGAAAAGGAGGAUGUUUUAAAGGCUAAACGGGACAAGAGUGGAGCAAAAUCCUAUAGUCUUCCCUCUAACAACAACAACACCACCACAAAGCAGUCCUCCACCUCUACUAAAAACGCUACCUUUGAUAAAAUCUCAACCACAGCAAGACAUAGACCUACCACCCAAAAGCAGGGGAAUGUCUCUGAUCUGUCCAAAACAUCAGCGACAUCUAAGUCCAUGUGUGCCGAGGUACAGAUGCCGCUACCCAAACCUCAGCUGCCUCUCAAUUUUAAGAUCCCAAAGAAGUCCAAACUUGUGCCACUGCCAGUUAAUCGAGCCAUCUGGGGGGCUGGCCAGGAGGAUGAUAACGACAAUAAGCCCAUCAGUGCUAGAGUGAAGGUGGUGUCUUCUGCUUCUAGGCUUUCUCACCAGACAGGAAGUGCGUCCAAACUUUGGACACCAAGGAGUGUGUCCAAACUUUGGACACCAAGGAGUGUGUCCAAAUCUUUGAACUUCAAAGACGGUGUGUCUGCUGCUGUGAACAGAAACAAGCAGCACAAAUGUGAAACGGUUCCAGAAUCUUCCAAAGUUUCUAAAGAAUUACGGCCCAGUUCACCUCAAGAGAGGACAUCACCACCCUGUAACAUAACAACUUCCCCUGAAGACUAUAUAGAAGACUAUGAUAAUGACCAAGAGAUGCAGCUGGUGGAGGAGCUCCAUCUGGCCCGCAGUGAGAAGAGGCUGGAGCUGAAUGUGGUGGAGAUCUAUGGAGAACUCACCAGCAUGGACAUCGACCCAUCAGAGGAGGGUAUCACAUUCACACUCAGUAAAGAGGAGGAUCUUCAGCAGGAUCUGAUCGUUGUCCUGGACACCAACAUCCUUCUCAGUCACCUAGACUUUGUCAAGAAGAUGAGAUCACAUGGCCUUGGAGCUCUAGGUCUCCCCACAGUGCUCAUACCCUGGGUGGUACUACAGGAGCUAGACUCUCUGAAGAACAGGAAGAGGCUGUCCAGCUCUGUAGCCCACCUGGCCACACCUGCCGUUCAUUACAUCUACACCUGCCUGAAGAGCCAGGAGCCUCGACUCUGGGGCCAGUCCAUGCAGCAGGCCUCUCAGAGCAGCCAGGGACUCAAUGCUGAGAAUAAUGAUGACAGAGUGCUGCAGUGCUGCCUGCAAUACCAGAGUCUUUACCCAGAGGGUGCUCUCAUCCUUUGCACUAACGAUAAGAACCUGUGUAGUAAGGCCUUGCUGAGUGGGGUGAAGGCCUUCGGUAAGGCUGACCUGGUGGAGGUGGUAGACAGGCUCAAAACGCCUGGUGUCCACAACCUGACCCCCACCCAACCCCACACACAGACUCCUGUCAGCACACAGACACAAACCCUCAUCCGCACCCCGAGCCAGACCCCUGACCACCAGAAACCCAGCCCCUUCCCAGGCCGGCAGCAGAAUGAACAGAGCAGGAGCGAUGGAAGGAAAGAGAGAGAAAUGGAAGAGAAGAGAAAGAAGGCUGCAGAAGAGGCCCGGGAGCUGAGCAGCUGUGUGUCAGUACUGGAGGACUGUCUGAAAGAAGCGCUGUCUCAGGUGCUGGAGAUUGAGAUGAAGGCAGCCUAUGAAGAACUGUGGACAGAGAUCGUAUAUCUGAAACCGCCCUGGACUCUUGAAGACCUUCUGCAGUGUUUCAAGAAACACUGGAUCUCUGUCUUUGGCAACAUCGUCCCUCGAAAUCUGCAGCAAUCCCUGGAAAACCUUCACAACUUCUUUUUCUCAGGUAAAUCAGUAGAGCAUAGCUCUACACUGCUGGCUCUGUAUGAGGCUAGAGAGCUGCUGCAGGCCUUCGGCUGCAGGUCAGACUACGAUGGGCGUGUCCGACCGGCCCUUGCCUCCCUGAACACCCUGCUGCAGAGGAUACUCCCUCAGCCAGAGAAAGUCUCAGAGGAGACCCACACCAGUGACGGUGACACCCUCAUGGCGGAAGAGGAGGAGGAGGAGGAAGAGAAACAGACCACGCCUGCUCGGGUGUCACACCAGGAAGUGUGGGUGAUGUUUGAGAGCAUCUGGAACAAUGUGUGUGGGAUCAGCUCUGCUGUGUUCGCCGCUCUCCGCUUUGACCCGGGCGCCAUAGAAACCAACCAGCCAGUAGAGGGUCCUCCCCUUCCCCAGGACGCCCUCUCCUGUCUGCACAGACUGUCUACUGCUGUCAAACAACUGCUACAGGCCUUUACCAGGGUUCUGUCAACAGACAGCUGUCUAGAAGAUGCCCAGGCUCUCCUCUCCUUCAUCCACUCCAGUGAGAUUGCUGCCAUGGAGCCCAGGUUCACUGCCAAAGACCUGUUGGACUGUCUCUCACAGCACGAGUACAGCUUUCUUUUUCCUAACAACCGGUCGACCUGAUGUCGUUUGGAUGUUUUUGGAGGGGUGUUGCGUUAUUGUAUUUUCUCCCCAGUCCCGAAACAUCUUUGCUCUGCGGAAGAUGACAGAGAACUUUACUGAUGUCAACUAGAUUAAAGCAUUCUAUGACUAUUCUGUCGAGCGAGGGUUUAUUCAGUCUUCUAGGGCAGCAUCUUAUGACAUCUAAUUAUAGACAAGUUGACUGAGAAAUAGCCUUCCAAAAUGUUGGCAAUUAUAAGCAGAAACAUAUCUCAAUUAGGCAACAACAAAAAAAUCUAUAUUUGCGGGUUAGUGCGGGCCUCCGAUUUUCAUUUUUACCACGUAUAAUCAUGCGGAUGGGGAAUUAGCAACUUCAGGUGGAUGAACAAACAGCUGACCCGCGCACCACUAUUACUUGAAUCUAUCAGCCAACCUUAUCAGCCAACCUUAUCAGCCAACCUUAUCAGCCAACCUUAUCAGCCAACCUUAUCAGCUCUUAGCAAGCUGCUGGAAAAAAACGUGUUUGACUAAAUACAAUGUUAACAACAGUCUUUCAGAAUUCUUAUAGAGAAGGGCACUCAACAUGUACUGCAUUGUCAUAAAUGACAGAUGAUUGGUUGAAAGAAACUGAUAAGAUUACGGGAGCUGUACUGCCAGUGCAGCCUUUGAUAUUGUUGACCAUAACCUAUUGUUGAAAAAACGUAUGUGGUAUGGUUUUUUAACCUCAGCCGUAUUGUGGAUUCAGAGCCAUCUAUUUAAUAGAACACAGGGUUUUCUUUUAAUGGAAGCUUCUCUGUUAAACAUGUAACGGGUGGUGUACAGCAGGGCAGCUCUCUUGGUCCUCUACACUUCUCUAUUUUUACCAAUGACCUUUCCACUGGCAUUAGACAAAGCCUGUGUGUCCAUGUAUGCUGAUGAUUCAAGCAUAUACGCAUCAGCAACCACAGCUAGUGAAAUCACUGCAACCCUAAACAAACAAAGAGUUGCAGUCAGUUUUAGAAUGGGUGGCCAGUAAUAAGCUAGUCCUAAACAUGUCUAAAACUAAGAGUAUUGUAUUUGGUACAAAUCAUUCCCUAAAUUCUAGACAUCAGCUGAAUAUGGUAAUGAAUAGUGUGGCUGUUGAACACGUUGAUGAGACUUGCUUGGUGUUACCUUAGAUUGUAAACUGUCCUGGUCAAAAGAUAUAGAUUCAAUGGUUGUAAAGAUGAGGAGAAGUCUGUCUGUGAUAAAGACAUGCUCUGCUUUUUUGACACCAUGCUCCACAAAGCAAGUCCUACAGGCUCUAGUUUUAUUUUAUCUUGAUUAUUGUCCAGUCAUAUGGUCAAGUGCGGCAAAGAAGGGACUAGUUAAGCUGCAGCUGGCCCAGGACAGAGCGGUACAUUUUGCUCUUCAUUGUAGUCAGAGGGCUAAUAUCAAUACUAGAUUGACUAAAUCACUUAUUUUUUACAUUUAUUUUUUUGUGUUGGAAACUCCAAAUUGUUUACAUAGUCAAUUUCCACACAGCACUGACACACACACUUACAACAAGACAUGCCACCAGGGGUCUUUUCACAGUCCCCAAAUCCAGAACAAAUUCAAGAAAAUGUACAGUAUUAUACAGAGCCAUGAUUGUAUGGAACUCCCUUCCAUCUCAUAUAUAGUAAGUGAACAGCAAACCUGGUUUUAAAAAAACAAAUAAAGCAACACCUCAUGGCACAACGCCUCUCCCCCAUGUGACCUACUUUUUAUGUUAAUUUACUGGCAUGUAUAUGUAACUGAUAGAUACAUUUAACAACAUUAACAUGUAUUGUGUGUAUGUAAAUUGUAAAGUAUUUUGUUUGUAAUGUAUUUUUUGUUAUGUGUCGGCCCCCAGUAAGACUAGCUGUCUCCAUUGGUGUCUGCUAAUGGGGAUCCCCAGUAAGACUAGCUGUCACCAUUGGUGUCUGCUAAUGGGGAUUCCCAGUAAGACUAGCUGUCGCCAUUGGUGUCUGCUAAUGGGGACUGUGCACUUGAACAGUCAAAUACGUUACCAAACAUUUCUGUGUCAUACUCGAUAACUUUAAAUACAUUAUCCAUGUGUGGUUGUAUUGUGUUUUUAAAUAGUCAAAUAAAUCUAUAAGGUUAUUGUAUUGGAUUUGUAGAUUAUUGGUCUGUUUUUAGAGGCAUCACCAUAUUGGUUAGAAUAGAGGGGAUUUUUUUUGUAAGUGCAUGCAAAUAUGGUCAUGCAUAUACACUAUAUAUACAUAAAUAUGUGGAUUUGGCUAUUUCAGCCACACCCAUUGCUGACAGGUGUGUAAAAUCCAGCACAGAGCCAUGCAUUCUCCACAGACAAACAUUGACAGUGGAAUGGCCGCACUGAAGAGCUCAAUGACUUUCAACGUGACAUCGUUAUAGGAUUCCACCUUUCCAACAAGUCAGUUCGUCCAAAUUUCUACCCUUCUAGAGCUGCUGUUAAGUGCUGUUAUUGUGAAGUGUAAACAUUUAGGAGCAACAACGGCUCAGCCGUGUAGUGCUAGGCCACACAAGCUCACAGAACGGGACCGCCGAGUGCUGAAGCUUGUAGCGUGUAAAAAUUGUCUCUCCUCGAUUGCAACACUCACUACCGCGUUCCAUACGGCCUCUGGAAGCAACGUCAGCUCAAUAACGUCAGCUCUCAAUGUUUGUCGGGAGCUUCAUGAAAUGGGUUUCCAUGGCUGAGCAGCCGCACACAAGCCUAAGAUCACCAUGUGCAAUGCCAAGCGUUGGUUGGAGUGGUGUAAAGCUCAUCGCCAUUGGACUCUGGAGCAGUGAAAACAAUUUCUCUGGAGUGAUGAAUUACACUUCACCAUCUGGCAAUUCGACAGAUGAAUGUGCGUUUGGUGGAUGCCAGGACAACGCUACCUGCCCCAAUGCAUAGUGCCAACUGUAAAGUUUGGUGGAGGAGGUCUGGGGCUGUUUUUUAUGGUUCGGGCUAGGUCCCUUAGUUCAAGUGAAGGGAAAUCCUAGAGAUACAGCAUACACUGACAUUCUAGAUGAUUCUGUGCUUCCAACUUUGUGGCAACAGUUUAGGGAAGGCCCUUUCCUGUUUCAGCAUGACAAUGCCCUGUGCACAAAGCAAGGUCCAUACAGAAAUGCUUUGUCGAGAUUGGUGUGGAAGAACUUGACUGGCCUGCACAGCGUUCUGACCUCAACCCCAUCGAACACCUUUGGGAUGAAUUGGUAUGCCGACUGCGACCCAGGCCUAAUUGCCCAACAUCAGUGCCCGACUCUCUAAUGUUCUUGUGGCUGAAUGGAAGUCCCCGCAGCAAUGCUCCAACAGUGGAAAGUCUUCCCAGAAGAGUGGAGGCUAUUAUAGCAGUAAAAGGGGGACCAACUCCAUGUUAAUGCCCAUGAUUUUGGUUUGACAAGCAGGUGUCCACAUACUUUUGGUCAUGUAGUGUAUUUUCUGUUUUAGAUCAGAGUGGGUGUUAGCAAGUUUCUAUUUGGUAUGCACACAUUAUGUAUAGUGCCUUCAGAAAGUAUUCAUACCCCUUCACUUAUUCCACACUAUGUUGUGUUACAGCCUGAAUUCAAAAUUCAAAAUUAAUCUACACACAAUACCCCAUAAUGACAUAGUGAAAACAUGUUUUUAGAAAUUUUUGCAAAUCAAUUGAAAAUGAAAUGCAGGGUCUCCAAGAGCUUUCCAUGCCUGGGUUGUUAAUUUGUCCAUUAUUAUUUUUUUAAUUCUUCAAGCUCUGUCAAAUUAGUUGUUGAUCAUUGCUAGACAACCAUGUUCAUGUCUUGCCGUAGAUUUUCAGAUAGAUUUAAGUCAAAACUGAAUUCAUCUCCCAGUGUCUUGUGGAAAGCAGACUGAACCAAGUUUUCUUCUAGGAUUUUGCCUGUGCUUAGCUCCGUUCCAUUUUUAUCCUGAGAAACUCCCCAGUCCUUAACGAUUACAAGCAUACCCAUAACAUGAUGCAGCCACCACUAUGCUUGAAAAUAUGGAGAGUGGUACUCAGUAAUAUGUUUGGGGCAAGUCAAAUACAGCACUUUGUAUUCAGGACAAAAAGUGAAUUGCUUUGCCACAUUUUCUGCAGUAUUACUUUAGUGCCUGGAUGCAUUUUUUGCUUCUGUAUAGUCAUCUUUUCACUCUGUCAAUUAGUUUUGUAUUGUAGAGUAACUACAAUGUUGUUGAUCCAUCCUCAGUUAUCUCCUAUCACAGCCAUUAAACUCUGUAACUGUUUUAAAAUCACCAUUGGCAUCAUCGUGAAAUCCCUGAGCGGUUUCCUUCCUCUUCGGCAACUGAGUUAGGAACAGCGCCUGUAUCUUUGUAGUGACUGGAUGUACUGAUACACCAUCCAAAGUGUAGUUAAUAACUUCACCAUGCUCAAAGGAAUAUUCAAUGUCUGCUUUAUUUUUACUUUUACCCAUCUACCAAUAGUUGCCCUUAUUUGCGAGGCAUUGAAAAACCUCCCUGGUCUGUGUGGUUGAAUCUGGGUUUGAAAUUCACUGCUCGACUACGGGACCUUAUAAUUAUGUGUAUGUGUGGGGUACAGAGAGGAGGUAGUCAUUUAAAGAAUGAUGUUAAACACUAUUAUUGCACACAGAGUCCAUGCAACGUAUUACGUGACUUGUUAAGCAAAUUUGUACCCCUGAACUUAUUUAGGUUUGCCAUAACAAAGGGGUUGAAUACUUAUUGACUCAUUUUUAAUACAUUUGGAAACCUUUCGUAAUUUUUUUUUUUUUAAAUCCACUUUGACGUUAUGGGGUAUUAUUGUUUGUAGGCCAGUGACAAAGAAAUGUCAUUCUAUUUUAAAAUCAGUCUAACAACCAAAUAUGGAAAAAGUCAAAGAGUGUGUCUACUUUCUGAAGGCGCUGUCUAUAUGAAAAAACAGCUCUCCGGGAAGUCAGUCAUCAACCUCCCUGACAUAUCAGCCUGUCGGUCACCUUUCCAUACACACAGUCUGUCUUGUUAUACAUAUGUUACACACACACACACACACACACACACACACACACACACACACACACACACACACACACACACACACACACACACACACACACACACACACACACACACACACACUCUGUCCCAUGUCCACUCCACACACAUUAAUUCGGUCUUCAGAGCCUUGUCUACACACACGUCAGUCAUGGGGAAAGAUGUGGUUGUGGUUGUCAUGGCCCAGUAGGGCUGUCAUCGUGCUGUAGGGUCAGUGGCUUUACUAACACAGAGGGGAGUGCCGUCUGGCAGGGGAUUAGGUGACGUCACACGCCUGACUAGACCUUCCACCACUACCCUUCAUCUCACCUUGUUCACUGUCCACACACAGUUAGCAUUUAUCGUGUGUGUGCGUUUGCCUCUGUGUGUGUGUGCCUCUGUGUGUUUUCCGGCAUAGUGUUUAAUCUGUCUCUCUGUUCUCUUCCAUACAUAAUUAAUUCCCUCAGACACAACCUUAAACACUGCCGCCUUAUCACAGUCAGUCACCAGCCACCGCUGGCUACACGGAGGUUAUGUCAUCAACACACACGUUAGAGAUCAACAGCUCAGUCAGUCACACAGAAACACCGGAGGGUGUGGUGCGGUGUGUCAUGUGUGUUGCCCAGCCAGACAGCCUCCAGCUGAGGGUGAGCUGUCAGAUUUCAGAGGGGAAAAUAACUGCACUUCCGAGUCAAGAGUUCUACCAUCCUUUGUGAUGCAAUUCAGUUCCAUUCCGUUUGUUUUAUAAGUGACCUUUUUAGAGGGCACUUGUGUACAAUGUAAAUGAGUAUGGUGCAGUUUCUUAUUAACAUAUAAACCAGUAGUACUUGUCCUCAAUUCCAAAGCAAAGGUCAUUUUCCCACCUGCUGAAUGGAAAAAUAACUCAUUUCUGAACUCCUUCUCCUGUAUUUUCAAGGUUAUGACACUGUUUCCAUAAUAACCAGUAAGGGUUGUGAACAGAGCAGUCAAAGAAAAGGAAAUCAUUACUGAACUACCACUAAAUCAUUACUGAACUACCACUAAAUCAUUACUGAACUACCACUAAAUCAUUACUGAACUACCACUAAAUCAUUACUAUACUGCCGCAUAACAUUGACACAAAUGAUGCUAUUAUUAUGAAUAGAUUUCUGCUGUGUUCCUGUUCUGCUGAUGAUUACAGUUGGAGUCAGACCAUUUGUUUGAUUAAAACUAAAAACAUGGGGGCUUGGCUGAUUCAUGUCCACAGAAGACUUACAAAUACCUCUGAAACAUUACAGGGGUCACACAAGGUACUUGAGGUGCUUAAAGUACUUGAAUUUGGCACUCUGAAAUUCAAGUACUGGAAUUAAAAUGAGAGGAGCACAGAUAAGCAUCAAAUAUGUUUAGGAAAAAUAGUAGAAAAAUGUGUCAAUUGUGACAUGCCUUUCAUGCCUAAAAAUCCAGCUGAGGUGACCUUUCUCACGAUAAAAAUAGAUGUUCAACACUUUUUACUGUGUAGCGGUACUCUUCAAACAUCUCCUCUCCGUACCUCCAUACAUCCCUGAGAGGCACAGAGACAGAGAGGUGUUUCACACUAACUGAAGCGUGAAUCCACAUCUGAUGUGACAGGCAGCCCAGUGCCACGUGGGAGUAGCUUAGAAAGGAGGGCAGAGCCAUCGGUCCGUACUGAAACCUGCCAUCUCUCUAUGGUUACAGAAACACCACAGCACAGAUGAGGGAGGGAGGGGUACGUUCAGCAGAUUCCUCUCUUUCUUUCCCUGUUAUGUAAUGUCCCGAAGGGAACAAAGAGAGAGGAGGAAACAAACAAGCAACAAGCGUCCUCAGUGUCUCUAAUGGGAGACGAUAUAGAGUGCCACUUUGUGUGCAUGUGCACAUGGAUUCCAUUAGUCCUGCAGUUAGAGACGUGCUGUGUACACGUCACACCAAUACUCUCAUCUGAAGAGAACAACAUCACAGUAAGACACUGAGCUGGUCAAAUGCUGACAAAACCGCAAGUGUGAAAUGAGGUAACCCCAUGGAGAACAGUCAUGUGUUUUUGGGUCACAUUGUGGUGUUCUAAAUGUUCUCUGUGUGUGUGCGUGUGCUCACUCGCUCAGCCAUUUGAGGAGGGCACAGUCUCCCGUUGUGUUCUACUGUGCCUCGGGGCAGGAGUCACUGGACUACUCCAUUGUGUUCUACUGUGCCUUGGGGCAGGAGUCACUGGACUACUCCAUUGUGUUCUACUGUGCCUCGGGGCAGGAGUCACUGGACUACUCCAUUGUGUUCUACUGUGCCUUGGGGCAGGAGUCACUGGACUACUCCAUUGUGUUCUACUGUGCCUUGGGGCAGGAGUCACUGGACUACUCCAUUGUGUUCUACUGUGCCUUGGGGCAGGAGUCACUGAAUUACUCCAUUGUGUUCUACUGUGCCUUGGGGCAGGAGUCACUGGACUACUCCAUUGUGUUCCACUGUGCCUUGGGGCAGGAGUCACUGGACUACUCCAUUGUGUUCUACUGUGCUUUGGGGCAGGAGUCACUGGACUACUCCAUUGUGUUCCACUGUGCCUUGGGGCAGGAGUCACUGGACUACUCCAUUGUGUUCUACUGUGCCUUGGGGCAGGAGUCACUGGACUACUCCAUUGUGUUCCACUGUGCCUUGGGGCAGGAGUCACUGGACUACUCCAUUGUGUUCUACCGUGCCUUGGGGCAGGAGUGACUGGACUACUCCAUUGUGUUCCACUGUGCUUUGGGGCAGGAGUCACUGGACUACUCCAUUGUGUUCCACUGUGCCUUGGGGCAGGAGUCACUGGACUACUCCAUUGUGUUCUACUGUGCUUUGGGGCAGGAGUCACUGGACUACUCCAUUGUGUUCCACUGUGCCUUGGGGCAGGAGUCACUGGACUACUCCAUUGUGUUCUACUGUGCUUUGGGGCAGGAGUCACUGGACUACUCCAUUGUGUUCCACUGUGCCUUGGGGCAGGAGUCACUGGACUACUCCAUUGUGUUCUACUGUGCCUUGGGGCAGGAGUCACUGGACUACUCCAUUGUGUUCUACCGUGCCUUGGGGCAGGAGUGACUGGACUACUCCAUUGUGUUCCACUGUGCUUUGGGGCAGGAGUCACUGGACUACUCCAUUGUGUUCCACUGUGCCUUGGGGCAGGAGUCACUGGACUACUCCAUUGUGUUCUACUGUGCUUUGGGGCAGGAGUCACUGGACUACUCCAUUGUGUUCCACUGUGCCUUGGGGCAGGAGUCACUGGACUACUCCAUUGUGUUCUACCGUGCCUUGGGGCAGGAGUGACUGGACUACUCCAUUGUGUUCCACUGUGCUUUGGGGCAGGAGUCACUGGACUACUCCAUUGUGUUCCACUGUGCCUUGGGGCAGGAGUCACUGGACUACUCCAUUGUGUUCUACUGUGCUUUGGGGCAGGAGUCACUGGACUACUCCAUUGUGUUCCACUGUGCCUUGGGGCAGGAGUCACUGGACUACUCCAUUGUGUUCUACCGUGCCUUGGGGCAGGAGUGACUGGACUACUCCAUUAAUUUCACAGAAAGGGACAUUCUGGAUAGUGGCAUUGCUCUCUUUCUCCCUCACUCUCUCUCUCUCUCCUCUAUUCUCUCUCUCUCUCUCUUUCUCUCUCCUAUUCUCUCUCUCUCGCUCUCUCUUUCCUAUCUCUCUCCUCUAUUAUCUCUCUCUCUCUCUCCUCUAUUCUCUCUCUCUCUCGGUCUCUUUCCUCUCUAUCUCCUCUUCUCUCUCUGGAUACUCUAUUCCCUCUGUGUCCUUCAAUUCAAUUUAACGGCUUUAUUGGCAUGGGAAACAUAUGUUUACAUUGCCAAAGCAAGUGAACUAGAUAAUUAACAAAAGUGAAAUAAACAAUAACAAAAUGAACAGUAAACAUUACACUCACAGAAGUUCCAAAGGAAUAAAGAUAUUUCAAAUGUCA